AUGGAUGCGGACGUCGACGAGAGCAUCGCUUGCCGGGAAAUGGUCCUCGAGCGGGCUGUCGCGGUGCUGUCGCCGCAAUAUCAUCGCAUACCAGAGAAAACCGCAUCGAUCGAGACCGACCUGCCGUGGGGCUUCAUCGAACGGGAAGAGACGGAGGAGACGGAGAGAGGUUUCCUGCGGGACGCGCUAGAAGCGAUUCUAAUAUUGGCUAGGAUCGCGGUGAUAAGCUCGAUCGUCAGCACCCUGCUUGCCGCUUAUCUGAUAACGCGUUUAACACACGCGACUUGGUUUCCUACUAUCUUACGCAGAGGUGUCGAAUUCCUCGGGCCGAUCUUUGUCAAGUUUGGCCAGUGGAUAUCCAUACGGAGGAAUAUCUUUCCGCAGGACGUAUGCGACAGCCUGUCCGAACUCCAACAAAACGUGACGCCGCAUUCUUGGCUAUACACGAAGCGCCUGCUCAAAGCUGCGUACGGCUCUUCCUGGCGGGACUUGUUCGUGAAGUUCGAUGACGAAGGACCGAUCGGCUCGGGAUGCUGCGCGCAGGUGUACAAGGCGUGGAUCGAUUUGAGCAAGAUCGCGGGCGUCACUGCGGCGGAAGGAGAUACCCGAGUGUCACGUUUCGUGGAAAGUAAGUUUAGAAAGUAUCGUUGUGUAUCGAUGAUUUUAGACGAAGUUCCUGAUGAUGAAAAUGACGAAAACGGUGAGGUCGCUCCGCGCGCGGCCAGGAAAUUGCAAGCCGUCGCGGUAAAAGUGUUGCAUCCUGGAAUCAAAGGCCAACUCAAAAGGGACAUCGCGAUAAUGCGCGGCCUUUGCAAGUGCGCCACGUAUCUCAUACCGGAACUGCAUUGGCUCAGUCUCACGGAUUGCAUCGACGAAUUCGCGCGGAUAAUGCAAGACCAAGUUGAUAUGCGACUGGAAGCUACGAAUCUCGCGAGAUUCUCAGCGAACUUCUCGAGGAGGCGCGACGUUGUGUUUCCGUAUCCGUUCGCGCAUCUCACCCGUCGCGGGAUUCUCGUGGAGACCUUCCAUGAGGGCUCGCCGAUAUCCGAGUAUCUCGAGCACGACGACGUCGCUCUGCAGCGCAAGCUCGCCAAAAUUGGGAUCGCGAUGGUCCUCAAAAUGGUAUUCCAAGACAACUUUAUUCACUGUGACUUGCAUCCGGGGAACAUUCUAGUCGAAAAAGCAGUCGUUCCGAAGGCAGGCCUGUUUAGCACCUUUCGGCGGGUCAUUACCCCUAAUUACGUGGCGGACGGCCCACGCUUGAUUAUAUUGGAUUGCGGUUUAGUGGCAUCGCUGAGCGAUCGCUGCCGACGAAAUCUGCGAGACGUUUUUCAUUCCGUGCUAAUGGGAAACGGCGAAAUGGCGGCGCAAUAUAUCCUGGAGCACAGUUCGUACACGACUCCCGAUCCGGACGGCUUCAAGCGCGCAAUGAAGAACAUCGUGAGAGCCUAUUACAGCAGACCGUUUAACGUUAAGGUGAGUACCGUUAUGACGGAAUUAUUUUCCGCGAUGGUCCAUCACCGAGUCAAGCAGGACGCGUCCUUCAGCAGCGUCAUCCUCAGCGUGCUGGUGGUCGAAAGCCUCGGCCGACACCUGGAUCCUAAGAUCGAUAUUUUCGCGGAGAUCCUACCCUUCGUCGUCAGCAGUACCAUAUAUGGCGCAUGA